AUGGUAGUUGCGUGGAAUCCUAAUACCUUCAGCAUCAAUAUAAUCAAAUGUACAAGUCAAUUAAUACAUCUUCAAGUUUCUACUCUAGAUGGUAUGGAUUUUCUUGUUACAUUUGUUUAUGCUUUUAAUGAUGAAGAAGGUAGAAUGAUUUUAUGGCAGGAUCUAAAAGCUAUUUCUACUCAAGACCCUUGGGUAGUGAUGGGUGAUUUCAAUGAUGUUUUGGAGCAAGAAGAAAGGAUUGGAAGUAGGGUGAAGACUCUCACUUCUCAUUCUUUUAAAGAUUGUGUUUCACAGUGCCAACUGGAAGAUAUCAAAAGCAGUGGUAAACUCUUUACUUGGUGUAAUAACCAACAGGGGGAUGACCGCAUCUACUCUAAACUAGAUAGGGUAAUGGCCAAUGGUCAAUGGAUGAAAAAAUAUCCGAGAGCUGAAGCCAUUUUCCUAAACAAAGGUGCCUUUGAUCAUUCUCCAGCUCUAGUGAUUUUUCACCAGCUUGCUCACAAUGGGAGAAAGCCCUUUCGCUAUUUUAAAAUGUGGAUAUCUCACCCUGAAUACUCUAGCCGAUUGCAGCAUAUUUGGCAGCAGCAGGUAUCGAGUACGAAAAUGUACCAGGUGGUGGCUAAGCUUAAAGCAUUGAAGCCAGUCUUUAAGAAGAUAAAUCACGAGGGGUAUAAUGAUUUGCAAUCGACAGUCAUCAAAGCAGCACACAAGAACUAUCAACAAUUCCUUCAGCAUAAAGCAAAGACUACUUGGGUUAGAGAUGGGGAUGAUAAUACGGCCAUUUUCCAUGCAAGCCUCAAAGCUAGAAUCAACCAAAACAGAAUUCUUUCUAUUGUGUAUCCACAAGGGAACCGAGUAGAUGAACCAACAAAGAUCACUGAGGUUUUUCUUGCUUACUACAAGCAACUGUUAGGCACCAGAAUGGUCAAUAGAAAGGAAGUAUUAGACCAUGUGAUCAAGAAUGGACCCACAGUAACGAUGCAACAAAGGGUAACUCUAUCGGCUCCUAUUACUAAUGAAGAAAUAAAGAAGGCCAUGUUUGCUAUACCUGGCACUAAAGCUCCCGGACCAGAUGGCUGUUAG